UCUCUCUCUCUCUGUGUUUGUGUAUGUGUGUGACCAAUUCUUGAAACCCGCCUAUGUUCCAUGCGAUUGAGGAAAUUCGGAUUACUUUUCUGAAAAGAUUCAUUGGAAGUGAUGAUCAUAUGUCAUCUCUAUGGAGAUGCUACUCAAGUGCAUCGAUCAGAUUAUUCUGCGCUUCUUUUUUUUUUUUAUUGAUAGAUAUCAGAUUAAUUCUGUUGACUAUUAUUUUUUCCUUUAAGAUAUAUUACUUUUCCAAAUGGAACUCAAAUAACCUAAUUUUCCGCCCUAUCUUUUGAUUUUCCUUUCCAAUCACAGGAUUUAUGUUCUGUCCAUGUAAUAUUUUCUUAUUAAUAGCAACACUUCUUUUGUUUUUCGUUUGUUUGUUUGUUUGUUUUUUUCAUUUUAUUUCAUAAAUUCUGGUGUUCAAAAUGUGAAAUCGGUUGAAUAAGACCCUGCUCAGCUGUUAGUUCCUAAUUUCAAACUAACAAGCCUUACUUCCUAUGUGUUUGGCCAGAAUAAUUUAUGUAAAACAAUGAUUCAUGGGUUCAGGCCAUGAUUUACAUAAGGGCAACUAAAUGCCUUCACUGAUUACUUUUUUGGGGGCCGGGGGCUUUGGAAAAUUUUCCACUGUGAGAUUGAAAACUCACAGGGUUUUAAACGAUCAUACCAAAGAAGCAAAUUUUCUUCAAAGAGAUUGAAAAUUCAGAUUGACGGACGAGAAAAAUGUCAGUAUUACAGUUUACAUGGUUUUAAAUGAUCAUACCAAAAAAUAGCAAUAACAACAACAAUAACAAUAGUAAUAAUAAUCAAGAUUUUUAUUUAAUAAAAUAAAAUACUGAAAGUCAGCAAGGAAUUUUUAAAUCUUGGCACCACAAGUAAGCAUUACUCAUGCUGCUGCUUCUUGAUAUAGCAUGGAAUUUUAGAUGGAAUGCAAUUCCAGAAUGUUUGAAGAGCAAUACUAGAUUCUCAAUGAUCUUAGGGAUUAUUGGUUGUUGGUGCUAAUGUCAAAGGUUUAAUUUUGGUUGAGUUUCAGCUAUAGUUGUUUUGGACAAAUAUUUGAGACUUUUAUCUGGAUGUAGUCUGCACUUGGCUUUGCUAUGCUUUCUUGUUUAUGUCUAUGGCUAUUAGUUCUGAUGUGGCCCUAUGGACACAAAUCUGGUUUUUGUUUUUUCAACUCCUUAUAAAUUCCAAACCCAGUUCCCCCCUCCCCAAAAAAACAAUCUGGUCCCAGAGGAUCCAUUUCUCCAUCAUAUGCGGAUUCAUAUUAAAAAAUAAGUGAAUGAAUUCCCCUGCCCCCUCCCCCUUCUCCUUUUGUAGGUAAAACAUGGGCAGGAUAACAGAACAUAUUAGCAAGUUCACAAACACGAAACAAGCAUGAAAAAAUUCACCUUUUCAUUUGAAUGAAGUUCGCAUUGAAAUAAAUGUCAAGGGUGCAGUACCGGCAGCUUACAUAUAGAAGAUCAAAUCAGCAUUAAGAAAUUUGUGAAUGGCUGCUAUUGCAAUGGGUAAGAGGAAAAUUCCGAUUGAAAAGAUUGAUGACAAGAAAAAGGUGAAUGUGACCUUUUCAAAGAGGCGUAAGGGUCUUUUUGGCAAAGCUUUGAACACCAGUGGCCUUUGCAAUGCCAAGAUUGCCAUGGUUGUCUUCUCCCCUGCAGGAAACCCUUACACUUUCGUCACCCCGACCUCCUCUGUUGAUGAUGUUAUUGAUCAAUACCUCAAUAACAUACCCUUCAAAGAAAUCACGGAGGUUGAAUGGGAAGGAAAAAAGGACAGGGAACAGUUGAAUCAAUGUUCCUGUGAGGGAAAGAAGGUGGGUUUCUGGGGGGAUUUGGUUGAUGUUGAUAAAUACAGAUCUUUGGAGGAGUUGCAGAUUUUGAGAAGCUCUUUGGAGAGUCUGAGGGAAAGUGUAUGCCAGAAGUUGGAUAAUGCUCAUGCUGAACAGUUGCUAGGAGUUGAGGAUGAGAAUAGGGAUGUUGCAGCCUCUGAUUUUCUUACUGGCUUGUCAUCUUGUCCUUUGUAUUCUACUGAUGAGAGCAAGGAUGAUGCAGCCUCUGAUUUUGUUACUGACCUAUCAUCUUGUCUUUUGUCUUCUGCUGAUGAGGAUGCUGGUACUGUUUUUGCCACUGUUGAUGAUGAAAGCUGUGUUGACUGGAUAGUUUCAGAUGACAGUGAGGGUCUCUUUGAUCAUAUUUUUUAUGAUAAUAGUGAUAGUGCCACAAUUUCUGACUUCAUCAGUGAUAAAGCUACUUAUCCUAUGUCUGGUGCUGAUGAAGAUGAUUGGAUAGCUGCGGAUGACAGUGAAGCUUUCUUUGAUCAUCUUUUUGAUGAUAAUAGUGCUGGUGCCACAAAUUCUGCCUUCAUCAGUGGUAAAACUGCUUAUCCUAUGUCUGAUGCUGAUGAAGAUGAUUGUAUAGUUGCAGAUGACAGUGCAGAUUUCUUUGAUCAUCUUUUUGAUGAUAAUAGUGCUGGUGCCAUAACUUUUGACUUCAUCGGUGAUAAAGCUACUUAUCCUAUGUCUGGUGUUGAUGGAGAUGCUAUCAAGGGUCUUUCCACGAAUGAUGAUAAAAGCUACGGCAAUGAGACAGUUCAAGACAAUAGUUCUUAUUUCUUUGAGAAGAUUUUGUCCUUUUGGUCCUAGCUUUUGCAAUUAUUAGACCCAACUUUAUUAUCUGGUUUAAGAUUCUUCUUUUGGAAGGGGCUUUUGAUUAUUUGGUUACUAGUUUGUUUUUUCUUGAAUGGUUGCAUUUCCGGCCAUGCUCUGCCUUUCCACCACCCAACUUUUUUUUCUAAUUUUUUCCUCCCCUCUUCCCUUGUGAUAGUUUUGCUCAUUUUUUGCUGCAAUUGAUGAGGGAGAGAAAGGAAAUGUGUUUCACAGGGAAAUGUUUUAAGUGUAUGCCUUGGGCAUUCCUGGCUUGGGAAUUAGCAAUACCAUUUAUUCUCUAAAUUUUUUUUCUCUCCUCUUAUCUACCCUUGUAGAAGUUUUGUUUUCAUUUUUCUAUGAUUGGAGAGAAAGACAGAGAUAUUGAUGUACAAAGAUAUGUAAAUUCAUGGCUUUUAGCCAUUGUUUAGUGCUUAAUGGGAAAUUUAAUGUUUCUUUUAGCUUUUUA